UAUUUUAUUUUGCCUUCGAAUCAUUGAUUCCAAAAUGCCAGUUAAAUAAAGACGCUAAUAAAAUUCUAUGUUUUCAAUGAAACUAUAUAAUUUAAACUUGUGUGGUUUUGACAUGUUAACCGAUAAAAUGCCGCUAAUAUGCCAUUCAUGAGUGUUUAUUAAUAUCCGAAACUGUUCAAUUCUGUGAUAACAUUUCAAUGCAAUCGUACGGACUUUAUUGGCUAACAGUGAAAGUUUAACAUCGUCCUGACACAUUUCACCAGCAUAAAUGAUCAUCGCCUUUGCUUUUAAAUGUUGGCUAAACAAACGAAAUCAUGAACACUGGCCACUCAAAUGCAUUAUCGUGAAUCAAAUACUAGUUAAUAGAGUAUCAUUUCAUGCACCAUUGAUAAAUAUCGAAUAAAAUGUAAACAAAAAAAUCACAUUCAUUUUCUGUAUGGUUCGCUUUUCGUUGAUCGUUGCAAUAUUUACUGUUUUAGUCAGCCAGGAAUAUUUUGCACAGAUUGCCAAAUCUGUGUUACUUAAAAACAAAAACAAAUGAAAUCAAAGGAAAAAAGACCUGUAUGUAAUUUAUAGAAAAAGAAAAAGAAGAAUAAGAAAAAUAAACGAAAUACCACCAAAGUCACCGAUAUACCCCCGUUGCAGAAUAGCAAAAUAAAAAAAAACAUACUAAAACUUCUUGUGUGAAACACUUCUUCUGUGCAAGAUAUCGUUCAAAUGUAUUAUAUGGAUACAAUAGGUGAUCAAAUUGUGCCAUCAGCAAACUUUUGGGUAAUGCAGUCUCCAGAACUUGAAUAUCGCCAUGAACUUGUUGGCCGUCCCAAUAAAUCUGACUCCGAUUUCAAAGUUGAGAUUAUCCCGCGUAACCAACAAUUAAUCACAAAUGUAUCAUCACCGCGGCUGGGUCAUUCGAGUAGUACCAUUUAUGACAGUUAUGGCAUCGAUUGUAAUUUUAGCAAAACCUAUCCCGAAAAUGAUACGAAUCCUUACAAUUUGUUGACAAAAUAUGCGGCGGAUUCGCCGAUCGGUGCUAAAGUACACAAAGAAUAUAUUUGUAUGUCAAGUGCGUCAGAAGAAUCAUACAUGCGACCACCGCUCUGGGAGGAUAUCACCAGUUCAAUACAAAAUAUUGAUCCGGAGAAUGCGAUAAUGCUGGGCGGGGCGGUCGCAACACAUGUCAAACUUGAAGCCAAUGAUGCUGAUCAAUACAUUGAGAAUUUGUCCACUGCCCCGCUGCUAAGUCCAUUGGAAAUAAAACCCGAACUGAAACCACCGCAUGGUUCAUCGCAAGUGUACGUUUCAAUACCAUCCAAUUCAUCGCAUCAUCAUCAUCAGACCCAUCCAAAUCAUGGUGUGCAAUCAUCACAUUCAAUUUAUUUAAAUGGUAUCAUCUCCAAUAGUUUAGGCAGUGAUGAUAAUAACAAUAGCAACAAUAACAACAAUCAUCAAUCGACUUAUAAUCUUCUGUGUGGACCGACAACAUCCAAUAGCCAUUUCGAACAAAGUCACUUCGAUAAUACACUAAAUCAAAACGCAAAUUUCAAUGUUGCCGAAUCAAAUAAUAGCUUAUUGGCGAUGCCAAUGCAUCAAAAUAUGCAUCAACAUACUCAUACGCCGCAUUAUCAUGUGCAACACAAUGGAAAUCACGUGUACUACAACUGGCAGGAAACUCAAAUACGAAUAACACCACCACCUCCAUACAAUCAUCAAAAUAGUCAAGACAAUCAGAUCAUAUCGAAUUCAAAUUUGAUGCAAUCGUCCAAACCAAAUUCUGAUAAUUCGCAAGGCCAAAACAUCACCAAUCUUCCCAAUAUUCCAAAUAACAUAAAUAGUGGAUCUAGUACAAACAACAGCAGACGAAGCAUGAAUCGUGUCGGUGGUAACACAUCACUUACGGUUAAAAAUGCGGUUAUGCGGUACAAUCGCAGAAAUAAUCCGGAAUUGGAAAAGCGGCGAAUUCAUCAUUGUGAUUUUCUAGGUUGCAACAAGGUUUACACAAAAAGUUCUCAUUUGAAAGCACAUCAGCGCAUUCAUACAGGUGAGAAGCCGUACCAAUGUCAGUGGACAGACUGUGAAUGGCGUUUUGCACGUUCGGAUGAAUUGACAAGGCACUACCGAAAACAUACCGGUGCUAAACCAUUUAAAUGCAUCGUCUGCGAGCGUAGUUUUGCACGUUCAGAUCAUCUUGCUCUUCACAUGAAAAGGCACUUGCCCAAAAACAAAUGAAGAAACGAAGUAUGCCAAGAACUCGUUUCUUCCAUGUUUGUGACAUCAUCCAUAUUGAGAUAGAGGCGACGGCGGAAGGAAUGGGAAAAGCAGAUAGAGAAAGAGAGAGAGCAAAUAUUGUUGUUACAUAUAGUUUUUUUUUAGAUUUCAAACUACUAUUGGUAAGGUACAGAUAGAAGGCAAUCUGUAGUCAAGUAUAUGUGAAUUGGCAAUUGUACUUAGACACUUUGCACGCGCCAAAACAUUCGGUGACACUCGAAGCGUCGAGCACUUCUAGAGCAUGAGCACUAUAUAUCCCUUGACUUGAUGCUGUUCCGGUGAGCCUCACAUUGGCGUUAAAAAGAUCUCAAUCAUAAUGGCAAUAUGUUGUCGAAUAUCAUAGUAAAGAUCAUAUCCAUAAUAAUUAGACAGUGUGGCGAAAUUAAAUUAUUUUUUGGUGUAGAAACCAAAUCGAUUAUGAUGAUUGUUCUUGUGGAUUUCAUAAGAAACUUUAGUAAGGCUUUUAAAAUAUUUAGAUUUUGUCGACUGGCUAUCUAGCCCAUUUGUGAAACAAAAACAAAUCACCGAUUUCUGAAUUUAUCAAAAUCAAUGUUCACCGAGUUUUUCUUCAGCACCAAAAAAAUGUUUUCAAACCCACACACA